AUGGAAGGCUACGCUAAACUUGCGUCCUUGAUGGGAGCAUAUCCAGAUGUUGCCAUUGUCCGCCGGUUCUCCGCUUUGAACAUGCAGAGGGUUCUGUAUCUCCAAGCCGAGCUAGUUGAAAUGGAGUUUCAGCUCAGGCGGAUCGAAGAAGAAGAUAAACAGUCAGCGGAUGUGGAGAGAUCAGACUGUGCGUUCGACUGGAUUGCUCUCCGCGGCUACCGUGAACCAAUACCCAGUAUCCCUGAUCGGCGAUGGGCCCUCAUGACUGCCAUAAGCAGCAAACUGAAAGAAUAUAAUGACGCGGUUCUUGUGCAGACCUCUAUUAUAAAACUCGAUAAGCCGUCGGCACAAAGUCUUCAGACCCUGAGAGUGCUUCUGGCCCCGUCAUCUGGAAACAACAUCGGCCUAUCCGGGCUUGAUGCGCUAGUCUGGGAGCGGCCAGACAAGUUAGAUCUACUCGUCCUCCAGCCACAAAAGUCGGAAAGCAUUUUUUCCUCGCUGCUAUCUAACAAGAUCAUCUACUGGCUCCACCAAGUAAUUUUCUACCCCAUAGUGAAAACCUCAGACCCAACCCGGCUCGACUCGGUCCAUGUAACGACUGACACGACGUACUAUUCUAGUUCCACUCUGCAAAAUAUUGUACGUCUCAUCGCCACAGCAUUAUCUUCGCUGCUUCCGGUCAUCGCCAUCGCGGUGCUCUACAACCUCAACACUACGCCGGACCGCCUCUGGGCGGUUGCAGGCUUUACUUUUCUCUUCUCACUUGCUCUGGGCAUCUUUACGCGGGGUGACAUUGUAGAUGUUUUUGCAGCUAGCGCCGCGUUUGCAGCGGUCCAGGUCGUUUUUGUUGGGUCUGUGAUCACGGCGGAGAAGGUUAAUUAGUGGUGGUGUGACGGCGGUCAACAGCAUCUAGGAAGAAGAGUCGCUAGUAUGGCUAUACCAUUGUCUUA